UAUUCAUCAAUUUUCCGACCCGCCUUAAUAUUCAGGCUUCCAGCCACUCAGAGAAGCUUUAGAAAGCUAUUAGCAAUUGUGAGCUGUCAGUCAAACUGACCCGCCCCAACCCUUCUCAGACGGGAAGCGCGUUGUUCACAGCCUCCCUGGCAGCUGUGGAGUGGGUCGUCUGCGGUAUGACGCAGAACCAGCAAUCAAGAAUUCGGCCAAAAUGUGAAGGCUAAGCGACUAUACACCGCUUCCAAAAAGUAGGUGUGCAAAAAAAAGUUCAAGUGGAGCCUUAAAACUAUGCUUCGCGUUGUGAAUUGCGCGGCGCGGCGCGCACAAGCCUGUGCGUAAAAGUGAGCCAAAGGUUUUUUUUUUAAAGCGGACUGAGGAGCAACAAAGUCCUGGAUGCGGUGAGAGACUGGAAAACUGCUGUUUUGGGACAAACGUUUGAGCUGUUUUUUCUGCUGUGCAGACUUUAUAUAAGAAGUCGAACGCCGCCCUGCUAGAUCCUGUCGUCAUGCUUGGAGACGUUGGCGUCCUGCAUCUCAGCGGCGUGCACCAAAGUGUUACUUUUCGGGGCGCUGCAGCUCUCUGAUGCCCCGAAAUAAUUUCGCUUAAUUCUCGUUUACACCCCACUGUCUACCUCUUAUCAUGGACGAGAGUGUUGAAUGCGCUUCGACCGACAGCGGGCCGGACGGGGACAGCAUCAGCCUCAGCGUUCUCAACUGGGAGCAAGUGCAGAGAUUGGACACCAUCCUGACCAGCUCCAUUCCCAUCCACGGGCGAUGGAGCUUCCCGACCCUGGAAGUGAAACCGCGGGAUAUCGUCAAGGUGGUCCGGAGCCGCAUGGAGGAGAAGCGGAUCCACGUCCGGGAGGUGCGACUCAACGGAUCUGCGGCCAGCUACGUCCUGCACGAGGACAGCGGUCUGGGAUGGAAAGAUCUGGACCUAAUAUUCUGCGCUGAGCUCAAAGGAGAGAUGGAGUUUCAGAUAGUCAAGGAGUUAGUUCUUGACUCACUUCUGGACUUCUUCCCUGAGGGGGUGAAUAAAGAAAAGAUCACACCAGUGACCUUAAAGGAGGCCUACGUGCAGAAAAUGGUGAAGGUGUGCAAUGACUCUGACCGCUGGAGUCUCAUCUCGCUCUCCAACAAUCGUGGCAAGAACGUAGAGCUAAAGUUCGUGGACUCACUUCGGCGGCAGUUUGAGUUCAGCGUCGAUUCUUUCCAGAUCCGUCUCGACUCCCUUCUACUCUUCUACGAAUGCUCUGAGCACUCCAUGGCAGCCACGUUCCACCCAACCAUUCUCGGAGAAAGCGUCUACGGUGACUUUCCGACCGCCUUAGAUCACCUGCGCAAGCGCCUCAUCUGUACUCGCAGCCCAGAGGAGAUUCGCGGUGGCGGUCUGCUGAAAUACUGCCACCUGCUGGUUCGAGGUUUUCGCGCAGCGUCGGACACUGAAAUGAAACUUUUGCAGCGCUACAUGUGCUCGCGCUUCUUCAUAGAUUUCCCUGACGUCAACGAGCAGAGGAGAAAGCUGGAGUCAUAUCUUCACAACCAUUUUGUGGACUUGGAGGACAGAAAAUACGACUAUCUGGCAACGCUGUACGAGGUGGUGCAAGAGAGUACUGUGUGCCUGAUGGGACACGAGAGGCGGCAGACGCUUAGCCUCAUCUCCUCUUUGGCACUUCGUGUCCUGGCGGAGCAGAAUGCCAUCCCCAAUGCCGCUAAUGUCACCUGCUUCUACCAGCCAGCCCCUUUUGUCUCAGAUGGCAACUUUAGCAACUAUUACAUAGCCCAGGUACAGCCUGUCUACUCAUGCCCACCUUCACAUUUUCAGCACUACCUUUCUACAUUGCAGCAUCCCAUGUAUGCCACCUGGUUGCCCUGUAGCUAAAUUAUCUGUCUGCCCAUGCACCUUUGUGGAACUGGUGGAACUCGUGGCCACAUGAAGGAAUGUUUCCUGAGGAAAAAUAGCCAAGACAAAGAAUCUGGAUCAGGGAGUGUGAGACUGAGGGAAGAUCCUUCCUGGAUUUUGGUACCACAGCAGGAAGAGCUGAGCACAUUGUGCCAGAGAGAUACUGACGAGGCGUUUUGGUAGCUCAAACUGCAUCCGAGCUGCAGCGCUUUACCAUCUCAGAUGAGUGUUCUGAAUUUUGUAUCACAAGAAUUUCCAUUUGACCAAACAAAUCAGAGCAAAAUCCAGGAUUAUUUAAAAAAUGCUGACACUCCUGCUAAAGAGUAGCAGAGGAUCCUGAUAGUAUUAAUGCUUAAAUAUGUGUAUGUGUGGGUCAGAGACUGAACAUAGUCUUUUCACAGAAUGCAAAGAAAGGGGAACUGAAUACUGUUUACAAGUCCAAACAAUUGCUUUUGAUACUGAAGUUUUUCUGAACUGAAAGCAGACCAAGAAACAACAAAACAAUGCAUGAUUUAUUUCUAUACAGGAAUAACUUUGAAGUGCCUAGACUAAGCCUAAAGGGAAGAGCUAUUUGUGAUUCUUUAUCCUAGACAAGAGUUAAUGUCUCAUUGAAAAUUUCCAAGAUAAUAAUGAAUGUAUGAAGCACAUAGGAGUCCCUCAGUGCUGAGGAAGGUCUCUUACACCGAGCCAGGAACUGAACCAAGUGGUCUGCUGAAUGUUGUUUAGCUGAAGGCUCUGUUUUUAUCAGCAACUCUGCUGCACAAGCACAUGUUGACCACCAAAGAGGAAGCAAUGACUCCAUGUCAUUACAAGUAGAAGUGGGUUGAGAUGGGGGUGGGGAGGGAGAGUUGAAGUCAAAAUGCCUGUCAGGGUAAAAAUGAUUUCAAAAUGGAUCCAAAUAAAGGACAAUCAAGAGUUUUUAGAAAAAAAAGCAAAAACAUUUUUUUCUUAAAUGGACGUCGGUUGCUGACCAGAAUCACACAAUCUCUGAAGUAUCCUUGAUUUUAUUUUAUUUUUUUAUAAAUCAGAUAUUUGUCUGUAUGCUGUAAAGUAGUAAUACGCAUACAAAAAUUAAUUAAAUGUAUUUGCUGUUUUACCCAUAAAAGCUUUAAACAUCUGCGUAUCUGAUUGAGCAGUGCACUAAAGAAGUAAAUGGUGUGUGUGUGUGGGGGGGGGGGGAUCACAGUUAUUGCAUCAAACCACAAAGCUUUUGAGGUAAUUUCUCAGUGAGAAAAUCAUUUAGAGUGUGAAAUGUUGAACAUAUUGUGAAUACACAAACGGCAAUAAGACAGGUUUCUGUUGUAAACUCCCUGAUUCUACUCUUUCAAAUAUCCUAUUUUUCUAUAUUUCAGUCUUUAUUUUUGUACAGGUUGUGUCGAGCUCGGCUAGCUGGCAGAUUUAUAAAGCUGUAUGUGGAUUUCUUUUUGUGGCAUUUGCAAAAUAGUUUUUUUUUAUUAUUAAUAUUAUUAAUAAUGAUGACUGGCAGUGCAAGUGGAUGCAUCAACUAUGUUGAGUGUUUAUUGUGUUCACUAUCUGUGCUCUGAGCUGUUUCUUGUGGAUUUCUGUUGCUCUGAUAAGACUGAAUGAUUGUUCCCUGGUGAGAUAAAAAAAAGGUUAGAAAAUUGUUUCAAGUGAACUGACUUGAUAAUAAAAAGCAAAAGAUUAUCAGUAAA